AUGGUAUAGGAUGUGUCCAAAAUUUGUGAUGGCGGUGACGUUAAAGGACAAAAGUCAGUGUAUGUUUGAAGACAAAUGGCCAUGUAUGCGAUCAACUAUUUUGAAACUACUUGAACAAGAACCUGUCACUCAAGUAGAAUGGCAAGAUUUGUUUUAUUCUGUCCAUUCAGUAUGUGUGUGGGAUGACAAUGGCCCUCUUAAAUUAUUAAAUGCACUCAAAGAUGACAUAAUGGAUUUUAUAAAACAAGGUCAACAGAGAAUUUUAGCACAUCAAGAGGAACAAGCACUGUUAAAAGCAUAUAUAGCUGAAUGGAGAAAGUUUUUUGCACAGUGUAAUUAUUUACCAACACCGUUUAGACAAUUAGAAACAUCUCUUGGUGGAAAAGCACCAUCCUGUGUUCCCAAAAAAAAUCAGCCUGAUGACAUUAUCAGAAAAUUAAUGUUAGAUAGUUGGAAUCAACACAUAUUUGGGGAGAUAAAACACAGACUUCAGGAUUCAGCUAUGCGACUUGUUCGUGCUGAAAGAAAUGGUGAAGCAUUUGAUUCACAACUUGUUAUUGGUGUUAGAGAAUCUUAUGUAAAUUUAUGUUCAAAUACAACAGACAAGCUUCAAAUCUAUAGAGAAAACUUUGAAGCAGCAUACAUAAAAGCAACAGAAGCUUUUUACUGGGUUAAAGCACCUGAACAAUUAUGCUUACAUGGUGUAGAAAAUUAUAUGCGUUAUGCAGAUGCAAAAUUGCGGGAGGAAGAACUUCGUGCUCAAAAAUAUUUAGAACCCAACAGUGCUAGUGUGCAGCUUUUGACUGAUUGUUGUGUACGUGUAUUAGUAGCAACUUUUAAGCCAUCUAUAUUAGCAGAAUGCCCAAGAAUGAUUCAACAUCGUCAAACAGAUAAACUUAGGCUAAUGCUGAAAUUAAUGGAUAGAGUUCCCGAAGGUGUUGGUCCAAUGUUAAAAAAUUUAGAGGAACAUAUAGCAAGUGCAGGUUUGGCUGACAUGAUGGCAGCUGUAGAUGUUAUUACUCAAGAUUCGGAAAAAUAUGUCGAAAGACUAUUGGACCUUUUUCGUCGGUUUACAGUUCUUGUUAAAGAAGCAUUCGGCGAUGAUCCCCGUUUUUUAACUGCUCGAGAUAAAGCUUAUAAACGUGUUGUAAAUGACGCGACAGUAUUCAGACUAGAAUUACCUGCGCGUCAAAGCUCUGGUAUCGGUACAACGAUUUUAAAUAAUAAACCUAAUAACAACAGUAAUGGACAGCCAGAAUCAAAGUGUCCAGAACUUCUUGCUAACUACUGUGAUAUGUUACUUAGGAAAACACCACUCAGUAAGAAACUAACUUCUGAUGAAAUUGAAAGCAAAUUAAAAGAUGUAUUGUUAGUGUUAAAAUAUGUUCAAAAUAAGGAUGUAUUUAUGCGCUAUCAUAAAGCUCAUUUAACAAGGCGCUUAAUAUUAGACACAUCUGCGGAUUCUGAAAAAGAGGAGAAUAUGGUUGAAUGGCUUCGUGAAGUUGGAAUGCCUGCUGAUUAUGUUAAUAAAUUAGCUCGAAUGUUCCAAGACAUAAAAGUAUCACAAGAUCUCAAUCAACAAUUUAAAGAACAAUGUAGAGCAGCUAUUGCAGAUAGCAUAAAUAUUAAGAUAUUAAAUGCGGGUGCAUGGGCUAGAGGUAGUGAACGCGUUACUGUAAGUUUACCGCUACAAUUGGAAGAUUAUAUUCCUGAAGUAGAAGAAUUUUAUAAAAAGAAACAUAGUGGGAGGAAAUUGCAGUGGUAUCAUCACAUGUCAAAUGGCACGAUAACAUUUUCCAACCAAGUGGGACGCUUCGAUGUGGACGUAACAACAUUUCAAAUGGCAGUUUUAUUUGCGUGGAAUCAGCGACCGUUUGAAAAAAUAUCGUACGAAAAUUUACGAUUGGCUACGGAACUUCCUGAUCCCGAACUGAGGCGAACUUUAUGGUCUUUGUGUGCCUUUCCAAAACUCAAACGUCAGCUGCUUCUAGUAGAACCACAUGCGCACAGUCCCAAAGAUUUUGCAAAUGAUACAAGAUUUUGGGUGAACCAAGAAUUCGCCAUUGUAAAAAACGGCAAAUUACAAAAACGGGGUAAAAUUAAUUUAAUAGGAAGACUUCAACUAUCAACUGAACGAAGUAAAGAAGAAGACAACCAAUCCAUUGUACAACUUAGAAUACUAAGAGUUCAGGUAAAUUUGUUCUUAUUUUUAGUUAUGCGCAAAAAAAUUAGUAAUGCUCAGUUGCAAACUGAAUUAGUUGAUAUAUUAAAGAACAUGUUUUUGCCAAGUAAAAAAAUGAUAAAAGAACAAAUUGAAUGGCUGAUUGAACAUAAAUAUAUACGUAGACACGACGAUGACAUUAACACUUUUGUAUACAUGGCAUAG